CAACUCAAGUUGUAAACAAAAUGAUCUCUGAGGUUAGUUCUUCAAAAUCUAUUACAUUGUUACACAAAAUAGGGGCAUAAAAAAAUCAUAAAACUGAAACAAAUUUGGAUCAAUUUUUUUGUAAGAGAUAUCACCAAAUUUCAUUACUUAAAAUGUUACCGAAUGUAAACUUUGAGAUAAAGUAUUCAAAAAGUUUAAUCUUCGUUUAUAUUGCAUUUUUUGACAAUUUUUGCCACGCGAAAGUGGAGGUUGGAUCGCACCGUCUAUAUCUCUGAAACCAUAAACAUUCGGAUAAGACAAGUUUAGUUAUUUUGACUUCUUUUGAGCUCUACUAUCACCCAGUAUUUAAUUGGAUAAUUUCUCCCAUUCAAUAACAAUAACAAGAAUAUAAUACAUGAAAUUAAACAAACAAAUAAAGUGUUUUACAAAUCAAACACUUUUUUAUUUACUCAGUAUCCUGGUAUUGAAGUGACGUGGUAUUUAACACAAUGAACAAGUAAUCUUAUGCUUGAAGCUGAAGAGAAACAUAAUGAAUCGUAUUACAUAACGACUAAUAAGAGAUUUAAGAGCAAUUUCAAUACAAAAUAAUUUUUAUGAUUGUCAAACCUAGGAAAGAACWGGCUUUCCUUUCAGUAGGUUCUAAGUGAUUAGCGGUUUUAUGUUAGUGCUCCUUGUCACAAGUUUAAAAAUAAUGAAAAAACUGUAUUUCUUUUUAACGUUUUGUGYAAUUAUUCUUGAAUGUAAAUUUCAACGUGGUGAUAUUAUAAGUCCGGCUGUGGAAUACGAAAAUGAUAUCAAUGAAGAUGGUUAUCACUUCAGAUACAGAACGAGAGAUUCUGAGCGUGAAGAAACCGGGGUCUUUGAUAAUACUAGAGGAGAUAAUGGAAUAAUUGUUGUUAGAGGAUUUUAUGCAUUUGUCGGAACUGACGGAAAAACGUAUCACGUGGAGUAUGAAGCUGACGAAAAUGGGUACAGGCCACAGGUUUCUUUACGAUUAGGAUCUGCACUUAUGCCCGGAAUCCCACCGAUUCCAUCAAGAAUGCGCCCUGAACCUGGAUUGUUUUUAAAUUCAGCUACUUUGGCAUCUUUGACCGGUGGCGGAAUUGGUUAAAAUAUAUUAGUUUUGUAUAUAUAGAUUUAAAGUGGAGUUUGGAACUAUACAAAAAAGCAAUAAACUUUU